UACAUAUACACUAGAGGGUCAGCAGGUUCCGGAGAGAAGCCACUCGACCUCAAGAACCGAAGAACUACUACGCCUCACAGGGAGAACAAAUAACAGUCAAAAGUGUUGUGGAGAACAUUUGAUAUCUUUACUUUAUGGUAAAGACUUGUGACAUACAUUAAUUGCUGAACAAUGGCAAGUUCCGACGCUGACUGGGGAGACAUCACUGAUGAUGAUAUUUUGGCCGUCAAUUUGGAACAAGCAUUCGAGCAAGCAGCAAUGGAUGCACCUACUCAAACAGCAAAGAAACGACACAAUUCUGGGAGUUCGAGUCGGGUUGAAACCGAGUUCUGCGUAAAAAAUCUUAAAACUGAUGAAAGCUUGCUAGCCAAAGAUAAGCCUUUACCUCCAAUAGAAUCUCUGAGAGGAGGAUACCUGUGGGUGUCUGACUUUUCCAAACAAAUGUGGUGUGAGCAACAGAUGGAGUACUGUUUAACCAUGCCACCCGAUAUCAUUAUCCCGGAACCAAAACAGGUGACCAAAGGAUCAGAACUGCAUUUAGCACGAGAAUUGGAAGUUCAAGAUUAUGUAAAUGUUAAAGUUACAUCAAGUGAAGACAUAUUUGCAAUCAAGGUGAUUAAUCUUCUGAUAGUAUUAAAGAGUAUUUUAACCAUGUCAUCAAUAACACACCGUGAAGUUCCAAUCUUCGGGGUUGUGGAUGGCAUUUUUAUAUUGGGCAAAAUAGAUGAAGUAAGGGUAGACAGAGAAACCUUUAAUCUGGACAUUGUGGACUUGAAGACAAGAAAAAUUCAGAAGCCUCCAGGUAAAGCUCAAAAGGUUACACACAAUGCUCAGGUAAUGUUAUACAAGCGCCUUUUUGAUGACCUGGUGCGUGGCCUCAUCCCACGCCAUAGUCUCACAGUAACGCUCCGGUUGGAUCUUGAUCGCACCUUGGGAGAAAGUGUGACAGAAAAUAUCUGCAGCAGUCUAACAUCAUUACUAAAUAUUGAGGAUAAGAAUACACCAUGGACUUUGUGUCGGCUCUUAGAUGAAUUGAAGAAAGCUGCAGAAAGUUUACCAUUCAUUAGUCAACUUUUCAUAGACUAUGUGUGGCAGGAGGACCAGCAAACAUUCUUGAUUGAAGAAGUAAAAUAUGAUGAUAUAUGGUUGAAAAAUACGAUGACAAAAUGUCUAACUUACUGGAAGGGCGAGAGGGAGUGCCAAGGAGUUGAUAUUGAAGAUGCUUGGAAGUGCCACUCUUGCGAUUUCCAAGAAGGUUGUAAAUGGAUUGCCCAAAAAACAAAGGAACUCCAAUUGGCACGUGAAACAAAGCAACUUAGAAAGUAGAAGUGCCAAAGAUAUUAUGUGAUAUGAUGCUCGAGUUAUGAAAUAAUACAAAUUCAGAAAAAGAAUACUGUAGUGAAAAUUAUGAGAUGUAAAGUUAUGGCAUGACACCAGAAUCUAAGAAAUAUUUGUUUAUGAGAAUUUUAUAUAGCAAAACUUGGUUAAAAAAAUUAAUUUGCCAGAGGUUAAAACUUAGCAUGUUCCAGCCAUUAACUAGUAUUAUUAAUAAAGUUUGCAAUUUUUUUUUUUUUUUUUUUUUGAGAUAUAUACAAGAGUUGUUACAUUCUUGUACAUUCAGUUGAGCAUUUAUGUGCAGCAAGGAGCAUGGCUGAGUGUCAGACAUUCAGUUUAGGUCUCAAUUGAUUUGAUGCCUUUUUUAACCCAGUUUGUGUUUCCCUUCACAUUCAUGUUAACAUUUUAAUGCAUAUUUAAGAAGUUUUUACCAAAAAACAUGAAAAAAAUAUCAGCUGUUACCAAGUUGUAUAUUUUUAUAUAUCUUCAGUAUUUCAACAUUCUAUGAUGAAAUUUUCAUGACAGUACACCAGAAGAUUUCCUGUGCACAAUAAUCACUUAUCUGACCA